GCUUAGCGGGAGCCGGGAGAGCAGAGAUCUAGUACCUACGCACGCGUCGUCGAGAGAUCGUCGGCGAUUGAUAAUGGAGGCCCGCCUCCGCCUCCGCCUCCACCUCCUCCUCCAUGUUAUUGUUGCGGUGGUGGUCGCGGCUCCUGGCGCCGCCACCGCCGGCGUCGUCGUUGGCGGCAGGGAGAGCGCGGUGCUGCGGCUGCGCGAGCUGCAAUGGCGCUCCGGAUCCGCGGGGAAGAUCACCGGCCGCGGCCGGGACGCUCAAGCGAAGCACGCCGAGAAGAUCAUGACAGGGCAACACAAGAAAGAGGCGGCAGCAGCAGCAGCAGCAACAACAAGAACGACGAGCACCGUCCUAGAGCUGAAGCACCACUCGCUCGCCGCCAUCUCCGACCACCCCGCCGCGCAGGAAAGCUAUCUCCGCCGCCUCCUGGCCGCCGACGAGACGCGGGCUAACUCAUUGCAGCUCCGCAACAGGGCAGCGUUCACGCAGUCCGGCCAUGCGGCGGCCGAGGUUCCCCUGACCUCCGGCAUCCGCUUCCAGACGCUCAACUACGUCACAACCGUCUCGCUCGGCGGCGCCUCCUCCCGCGCCGCCAACCUCACCGUCAUCGUCGACACCGGCAGCGACCUCACCUGGGUGCAGUGCAAGCCCUGCUCCGUCUGCUACGCGCAGCGCGACCCGCUGUUCGACCCCGCCGGCUCGGCCUCCUACGCCGCCGUCCCUUGCAACGCCUCCGCCUGCGCGGCCUCCCUCAAGGCGGCCACCGGCAUGCCGGGGUCCUGCUCCAGCGGCGGCGGCGAGAGGUGCUACUACGCGCUGGCCUACGGCGACGGGUCGUUCAGCCGCGGCGUGCUCGCCACGGACACGAUCGCCCUCGGCGCCGCCAGCCUCGACGCCUUCGUGUUCGGCUGCGGGCUCAGCAACCGUGGCCUGUUCGGCGGCACGGCGGGGCUCAUGGGCCUCGGCCGCACGGAGCUGUCGCUGGUCUCCCAGACGGCGUCCCGGUUCGGCGGCGUCUUCUCCUACUGCCUGCCGGCGACCACCUCCGGCGACGCCGCAGGCUCCCUCUCCCUCGGCAGCGACACCUCCUCCUACCGCAACACCACGCCGGUGUCCUACACCCGCAUGAUCGCCGACCCGGCGCAGCCGCCGUUCUACUUCAUGAACGUCACGGGCGCGUCCGUCGGCGGCGCCGCCGUGGCCGCCGCGGGGCUCGGCGCCACCAACGUCCUCGUCGACUCCGGCACGGUGAUCACGCGCCUGGCGCCGUCCGUGUACCGCGCCGUGCGCGCGGAGUUCACCCGCCAGUUCUCGGGGCGCUACCCGGCGGCGCCGCCCUUCUCGCUGCUCGACACGUGCUACAACCUGACCGGGCACGACGAGGUGAAGGUGCCGCUGCUGACGCUGCGCCUCGAGGGCGGCGCCGACAUGACCGUGGACGCCGCCGGCAUGAUGUUCAUGGUGAGGAAGGACGGGUCGCAGGUGUGCUUGGCCAUGGCGAGCCUCUCCUUCGAAGACCAGACGCCCAUCGUGGGCAACUACCAGCAGAAGAACAAGAGGGUUGUGUAUGACACUCUGGGCUCUAGGCUAGGCUUUGCUGAUGAGGAUUGCACCUAUGCAUAAAUAGUUAGUUAAUUAAUUACCUAUAUGUCAUGUCACUACAAUUUGGAAUUUUGCAAAUCAGGUGUUUGAGUAAAAA